GGAGGUGCCGUUAUUUCCUCUUGGGAGAGAGUCAGAAACCACACAAGCCCACUCAGACCCAGCUCAGAUGAAGGAUGUCAAAACUUGAUCUUGAUCCCUAGAUCCUGGUGUCACCAUCUUUCUGAUUGGCCAAGUUGAGCCACGUCAGGCAAGCGCUGUCCAUUGGGAAGGGGAUAAAACCUGGAGGUGCAGGACUCCUCUGGAAGCAGGGAAGUCUCAGUUCCAGUUUGGGGAGAAGAACCUGUGUCUCCUGUCCCACCAAGAGCAACAGACACUUCUGCAGAUCCCGAGAAAGAGAGGCAAGGAUGCUUCCCAUCUGGAUUUGGCUGCUGGUCCUGGCACUUCUGGCAGAAUGUGCAGAGGCCCAGAGCUGCAAGCCUGACCUGCGAGGUGCUGCUCGCAACCUGGCCAGAGGCCGCCCAGCCUGUCAGUCCUCCAUCUACUCACAUCCAAUUAUUCCGUCAGCAAGCAAAGCCAUAGAUGGGAAUUGUGAUGGGAACUUCUUCCAUGGCUCCUGCACCCACACCAGCACUGAAAAAGAACCAUGGUGGCAUGUGGACCUGGGGGAGCAGUACGCCAUCUCCACUGUGGUGGUGAAGAACCGCGAGGACUGCUGCAGCGAGAGACUCCUGGGAGCCGAGAUCCACGUGGGAGACUCCGUGGCUGACCAUGGAAAGUCCAACCCCCUCUGUGGGAACAUCACCGACACCAGACGUGGCUCCUUCAGUAGCCUCAACUGCCAUUGGCUCAAGGGCCGCUAUGUCAGCGUGAACCUCCCAGGAGAUGCAUCCACCCUGACGCUGUGUGAGGUGGAGGUCUAUGGGACAAAGCUGGGUGAUCAGUCUCACAACUUGGCCAAAGGCCGCCCAGCCUUCCAGUCCUCCAUCUACCCACAUAAGAUUUUUACUGGCGCAAAAAACGCUGUGGAUGGGAAUUGUGACGGGUUCUUCGCCGGAGGCUCCUGCACCCACACUAAUCAAGACCAGGACCCCUGGUGGUACGUGGACCUGGGCGACCAGUAUGCCAUCUCGGCCGUGGUGGUGAAAAACCGUCAGGGCUGCUGCAGUGAGAGACUCCUGGGAGCCCAGAUCCAUGUAGGAGACUCCAUGGUUGACCAUGGCAAGUCCAACCCCCUCUGUGGGACCAUCACAGACACCACCCUUGGCUCUGUCAGCACCUUGUACUGCAAUUGGCUCAAGGGCCGCUAUGUGAGCGUCAACAUCCCGGGAAGGGCCGAAUACCUGACCUUGUGCGAGGUGGAGGUCUACGGCACCAAGGCAGAAGACCAGUCUCACAACUUGGCCAAAGGCCGCCCAGCCUUCCAGUCCUCCAUCUACCGACAUGAGAUUUUUACAGGAGGAAUCAAAGCUGUGGACGGGAAUUGUGAUGGGCUCUUCAGCUCGGGCUCCUGCACCCACACGCAGAAGGAAAGGGAUCCCUGGUGGUACGUGGACCUGGGCGAUGAGUAUGCCAUCUCGGCCGUGGUGGUGAGAAACCGCCAGGACUGCUGCGGCGACAGACUCCGGGGAGCUGAGAUCCGUGUGGGCAACAAUAUGGCUCACCGUAGCAAGUCCAAUGCCCUCUGUGGGACCAUCACAGACACCAGGAGUGGAUCCAUCAGUGUCUUCAACUGUGAUUGGCUCAAGGGCCGCUAUGUGAGUGUCCAGAUCCCAGACCUUGAAGAGUACUUGACCUUGUGUGAGGUGGAGGUCUAUGGCACCAAGGCAGAAGACCAGUACCAGGAGGGACAGGACUCAGCUGGAAGCAGGGAGGUCUCUGUGUCAGUUUCCAGAGAAAAACCUGGGCUUGCCAAGCCACCAAGAAGGACAACAGGCGCUGAUCCCAAGAAAGAGAGCCAAGCUCGCAACCUGGCCAGAGGCCGCCCAACCUGUCAGUCCUCCAUCUACCCCCACGAGAUUAUUGGAACAGCAAGCAAAGCCGUGGAUGGGAACUGCGGUGGGGACUGGUAUAAAACGGGCACCUGCACCCACACGCAGCUGGACACGGAGCCCUGGUGGCACGUGGACUUGGGCCAGCAGUACGCCAUCUCUGCUGUGGUGGUGAAGAAUCGUGGGGACUGCUGCGGUCUGAGACUCCAGGGAGCCGAGGUCCGCGUGGGAGACUCUGUGGAAGACCAUGGCAAGUCCAACCCCCUCUGUGGGACCAUCACAGACACCAGCCUUGGCUCCGUCAGCACCUUGUAUUGCAAUUGGCUCAAGGGCCGCUAUGUGAGCAUCCACAUCCCGGGAAGGGCCGAAUACUUGACCUUGUGCGAGGUGGAGGUCUAUGGCACCAAGGCAGAAGACCAGUGCUAGGGAUCAGCAGUCUCUGCACGUGUGUGUUGGGGGGGUGAGGAAAUAAAGAAUUAUUCUCCGGUAAA